AGAGAGCGAGAGCGGAGUCCCCUUUUCUUCGAGUCGAUUUCCGGAAAGUCACUUAUUUGUUAGGAGCGGUUGUCUUUGGUGUGUGGAUUCAAACACUCUUAUCGGCAGAAGCAUGGAUACUCAAGCUAAGCUUGCAGUUGUGGUGAAGGUGAUGGGCCGGACUGGAUCAAGAGGUCAGGUUACCCAGGUUAGGGUUAAGUUUCUGGACGACCAAAACCGGCUGAUCAUGAGGAACGUGAAGGGCCCGGUGAGGGAAGGCGAUAUCCUUACCCUUCUUGAAUCCGAAAGGGAGGCAAGGAGAUUGCGCUGAUGAAACUCCAUGGCAUUUCUUGCCUAACCAGGUAGUGUAUUUCUAUUUGGCUAUGGAUUUGGUUUCAAGCUACAGACUUGGUUUAUGUUUAUGUGGUUUUAGCUAUUUCAGUUGUCUCAUGUGAGACUGCUUAGAACACAUUAUGUUGAAAACUUGAUUAUCUGCUUUAUGUUAAAUUUUCUUGUGAACCGUUAAUGUUUUAGUUCCUUGUGGGCUGGUGUCGUAU